AUGUCCGUUUCUCUUAUCCACACGUUUUCCGGCCACAGAGACAAGUGCUGGUCGAUCGACGUUGACCGGGCACGCGGGCUGCUGGCGUCUGUGUCGUCGGACAAGACGUGCCGAGUGUACAAUCUGAACACUCGGCGACUGGUGGGUGUUCUGGACGACAACACGCACACCAAGACGAUGCGCAGUGUGCGGUUCAAGCCGUCGAGCACGGUGCCUGCGCUCGCGAUCGGGUCGUUCGACUCCACCAUCUCGAUCUGGUCCCGCGAGGACGACGACUGGGUGCUGAUGGCCAUCAUCGAGGGCCACGAGAACGAAGUCAAGAGCGUCGACUGGUCGCACGAUGGCGUUUACCUGGCCUCAUGCUCCAGAGACAAGUCGAUCUGGGUCUGGGAGGCCGACGAGACAAACGAGGAGUUUGAGUGUAUCAGUGUGAUCCAGGAGCAUGAACAGGACGUCAAGAACGUUGUCUGGCACCCGAGCAAAAACGUGCUGUGCUCUAGCUCGUACGACGACACUUCCCGGGUGUUCAAGCAGGACGACUACGACGAGGACGAAUGGGUGUGUGUGGCCAACUGCCAGGGCACCCAGGGAACGAUCUGGUGUGCGGACUGGGAGAAGAGCGACAAUCUACGGUUUGUCAACUGCAGCGACGACUCGUUAGUCAAGAUAUGGAAAAAGACCAGUCCGGAGACCCAGACCGGGACCGGCGCAACGCUGCCGUCCACGCUCAAGUCCGAGGAGGAGUGGGUGCUGGACGCGACGCUGCCGAAAGUGCACACGAUGCCGGUGUAUGGUGUUGCUUGGAAUUCGAACGGACUGGUUGCCAGCUGCGGCUCCGACGGCCGGCUCGCAAUCUACCAAGAGUCCAACGGCGACUGGAAAGUGGUUGCGGUGCAGGAACUCAGCCACGGGGUGGCCGAGCUCAACUGCGUCAAGUGGUGGAAUGAUAACACUCUAUUAACAGCCGGCGACGACGGUAACGUGAAUAUGUGGAUGGUUUCUCUUUCUUAG